UUGCCUUGGGAGAAGCAACACGGGGCCCGAUCACUAGCUGUUCUGCCUUCUUCACUCACACACCGCACGUCCAGCACAUCAGCUGCUUUCUACCCCGACAGUCCUGCCGGAUUUACCGCUGAACAAAGGAAGCGUACAACCAGCCGCUCCAUCCUGGGAAGGUCAGUGAUGGUCAGUGCUAGUUAGAGCCUGCAGCCGAGGAUGUCUGCUACAGAUUCGGACAACUCCAUUGACUGGCUGGCUAGUGACAAUGAGGACAAUGAGAGCGAACGGGAGUCUGACUGUGCCAGAAGGCACAGCCAGACAGAGGCUCCUCCGUCCCCCAGUGGCCCGCCACACCUGGGCCCCUCUGACAGCAGCUGCUGCCGGAGCAACGAGGUGAAGGAGGGCGACGGUAACUGGAGCGAGGUCAGGGAGGCCUCCGGCCGGGGAUCUCCCCCCGGCCGCACAGAGACAUAUGACAGCACCAUUGGACUGUGUAAAACACAACAAGGAGAAAAAACGAAUGGCAAAAGCACUCAGCAAGCACUGAAGAGACAUCACAGCCACACGGAGGAGGGGCGCAAGGAACGGCAGCUCAGUUCCAAUGUGUCAGAGAAAGACCAAAUUUUCAGCAGUAAGUGCAUGGAGCUACAGUGCUACAUUCAUCCUCUGUCAUUAAUCCUGAAUGGCCUUCGUUCAGGGAGAUACAGAGAACGACUCAGCAGUUUCCAGGAGAGUGUGGCAAUGGACAGGAUUCAGAGGAUCAUGGGUGUCCUGCAGAACCCCUGUAUGGGGGAGAAAUACAUUAAUAUCAUUCUGAAAAUGGAGGAAAUGCUGAAAAGCUGGUUUCCUAAUGUAAAACUCCAAGACCAACUUGCUGUCACGCAGACAGAGGAAGCCGUUCCUACUAAGAAACCGAAGCUAUCUCCAGUGACCACCACUGCAGCUGUGAGCCCCGUCACCGUGAGUGAUCCUCCAGUCGGUGCCAAAGCCCUGAGAGUCACCGACCUCACCCCUGCUGGAGCCUACUCUGCCAGUAACCUGAAGUGGCUCCACACAUCACCCAUCUGCUCCCCCACAGCAGAGCAGGCCCAGGCUGGCCCCAGGCACCUGCUGUCCCCCAGAGACAGAGACCUAACCCAGGAUAACGCUGUGUCCUCAAGCACAGACACCCACACUAAGACAGACUCGGUGCCCAGAGGCCUUCCGCCAGGCAAAAUCAACGCGCCCUGUCUAGAGAGGCUCCUUAAGUCGACAGAAAGCAUCAUCACCCGCAAGGGGACGCGGGGCUUGAUGGACAGCAGCUGGUCCUAGUCCACACAGAAGGCUGGGUGUCCAGCUGUAAGCACCGCACAGCCCAGCCUCGCCUUGCCCACCUUGCCGGGAGCCAGUCAGCUUGCUUAGCCCAUUCCAGCCUUCAGGGGAGACGGGAGCCUUCAAAAGGGACGUCACAGAUUCCUCUUUAAUGUAGAAGGAGUGUGGACGGACAUGUUGUACUUUCUGUAUGGGAAUGUGCCCUCUCUGACAUGACAAGUGUCUGCUUUAGUUCCCUUUUGUUGACUUAUCUUUGUUUUUUGUUUGCACUCUUGAAUAGCGUGUGUGAGAGUGGGAAGGAUAGAUUUCACAUGCUGAGAUCUCCGAAGCUCAAGAUUUCACAACUGAAUUGUUCCCACUGGCUUGUAGAUGCAAUAAUACAGUUUGAGUAUCUGUGAAACCGCCAUUAUGCCUGAAAGGGAAAGAACUGCAGAAAUAGUUAGUGCUGGAAGGGAGUAUUUCAGAUAUUCAGACAUGUCAGUGGUCUACAUAUUGUUGUGCUGAAAAUGUGGGUGAAAUGUGAUGUUAUUUUCUCCCCCCCCCAUGCCCCCACCGCCCCCCCCUCAUGACUCCACUUUUAAGUUUAUUGAUGUGACUGUUACUCAUUUGUAUACUUUAUAAAUAAGUCUUUUGGUACAACUGUUCUACCUCAGUGGGCACCACGUCACGGUUAGUGAGUAGGAAUGUGAACGCUACGCUCAAAGUCUGGACACCUCACCAGAUCUGCAGUGAGCCAAAUGGCCUCUGACAGCGAGGCCUGCAGUAUGAGUCGUCCUGCUUGUACAAACAGAGGAUGCUCUCUCCAUGGGGAUGCUCUUGUGGCCUGACUGGUGCCAUUGUAAAGAAUGUCAACUGCAGAAUUCUUUUUUUGAGUCUCCCAGUAGAAGGCGAACAGUGCCUGUAAUGUCAAGCUGUGCCUGUAAGCCGGUUUAAUAAAGAGAGAGAACCGUUCAGAAUACCUGCUCCUCUGUGGGAUGUACAAAUCAGGAAUUCUCACUCUCCUGCCAUUUUCCUGUAUUGAGUAAAUUAUUCAGAUCUUGCCAACUACUUUCUGUGGUGGAGUAGAAACAAUUAUUUUGUUUUGCCACAGAACUGGACAAUAUGCUAGACCAGAACAGAGUGACAAGGUAUUUCUCUGUGUAAAUCUUACAGAAAGGUUGUCGAUUUACCCUGAAAAGUGGCCUUUAUAGUGUGAAAUUUUAUACUUUCAAAAUAAAUGUGGUUAUAUUUGUUUGAUGCAAAA